UCGCUCCUCUCCCCCGGCUCUCCUCGCUCCUCUCCCUCUCCUCGCUCCUCUCCCGGCCAUGGUGCUGUACCUGAUCGGUCUGGGGCUCGGGGACGCCCAGGACAUCACGGUGAAGGGUCUGGCCGCGGUGAAGCGCUGCUCCCGGGUUUAUCUGGAGGCCUACACCUCCAUCCUGACCGUGGGCAAAGACAAACUGGAGGAGUUUUACGGUAAAGAUCUGAUCCUGGCCGACCGGGACCUGGUGGAGCAGGGGUCGGAGGAGAUCCUGAAGGACGCAGACACGACGGACGUGGGCUUCCUGGUGGUGGGAGAUCCUUUCGGAGCCACGACUCACAGUGACCUGGUGCUCAGGGCCGUUCAGGCUGGGAUCCCCUACAAAGUCAUUCACAACGCCUCCAUCAUGAACAGCAUCGGCUGCUGCGGACUCCAGUUGUAUAACUUCGGGGAGACGGUCUCGUUCGUGUUCUGGACGGACUCGUGGAAACCUGAAAGUUUCUUCGACAAAAUCUGUAAAAAUCGAGCCAUGGGUCUGCACACGCUGUGUCUGCUGGACAUAAAAGUGAAGGAGCAAACGAUCGAGAACAUGAUGAGGGGGAGGAAGAUCUAUGAACCUCCUCGGUUCAUGUCGGUGUCUCAGGCGGUGGAGCAGCUCCUGCAGAUCAUCCAGAGGAGACGAGAGGAGGGGGAGGAGCUAGGUUUGACGGAGGACACGGUCUGCGUGGGCGUGGCUCGGCUCGGCUCAGACGACCAGGUGAUCCGCUCGGCUCGUCUGCGCGACCUGGCGUCAUGUGACCUGGGGGAGCCGCUCCAUUCGCUGGUGGUGACCGGGAGGCUCCACCCCCUGGAGGUGGACAUGCUCAAAGUGAACGCCCAGCAGGGGGCGCUGGACGGGCUCAGGAUGGCCGACAGCUCCACCUUCAUCUCGUGAACGACGACGAGAAACGACGAGAAACAAGAAACGACGAGAAACGACGAGAUCUGAUAAAGAUUUAAAGUCUAAGUGUCUGAGUCACUUUUAUAUUAAAGUGUUUAAACGUGUUAAA